GCAUUGGGAAUCAGCAGCAGAAGACUGUACCUCCACCACCACCUCCACCACCUCCAAAAAUGGGACUGCUAAAAAACUCCACCGCUAGCACUACCAGCAGCAGCUCAUCAUCCUCAAAGCCCUCGAAUAAAAAGAAGAAGGGCAUCACCUUUCAAGAGGGCGGGCCGGUGGUGAUCUACCGAGAAGCGUCGGAUUCAGAGGAUGAAGAGGAGUUCUUUGAGCUGUCGCUAAAGUCCUCUGAACUGAACUCCUCUUCUGAGGAAAAUUCACCAUCAUCACCGCCAUCAUCUCAAACUUCCUCAGCCGACUUUGAUGAGGAGCACGACCCUGAGCGGAUAAAGCUGCGCCAGCUCACAGAGGCCAACACCUUCUUCAACUCAAACUACGCCAACUUUAAGCUGACAGAGGCGGCCUCGGUGGGCCUGGGCCGAGCGUCAAAAGGCGAUUCAAACAGCAGUUCUGGCGGGCCGAUUAAGUUUGUCAUUCAGGAUGGCUACCAGCAGCCGCUGCCGCCCACCAACCCAUCAUCGUCAUCAUCCUCAUCAUCAUCCGAGAUUCCCACCAUUCGCAUUCCCCGGGCGGCCAUCAACGCCGACAAGCUAAAUCGGUCACCACCGCCGGCCUUUGCCAACAGCAACAGUGCUAAUCCACUGAAGCAGGCGUUGCUGGAGAAGACGCCCUCACCAACAGCUACUACAGUUAAACCCGAAAAACCACCGAAAAAUAUCUCCCUUUCAAAGCCGACGGUUGAAAAGCCAGCUAAAGAGGCUUCACCACCGCCACCACCUGCAAAUAUUAUGAAACCGUCGUUUGAUACCACCGACUCAGCAUUACCACCCCCACCACCUAAGCCUGAGCAUCUUGUACAGCAGCAGCAGCAGCUGCCAUGCAAUUCCGUCAGUUUGUUAGACGAAAACGACGGCACCAUUCUCCCGCUAGACACUCAGAAGCUGCCGGAAGAGCUGAAAAGUGACGUCGCCGACGUCCGCCUCGACCAGGGCCAGCUGUACCUGCUGAGAAAUGGCAGUAAACAGCAUGGUGCUGAACUUCAGCAGCAGCAGCAAUUACCGGAAAAGAUACCCGAAAAGUUGCUCAAAAAGUCAAUUAAAAAAGAGUCUACAAAAUCUGUUGCUGAAGACUGCUGCUUUUCUGAUGACAGUUCCUCUUCCUCUGCCUCGGAUUCAGGCGCCAGCGGCUGUUCUCCCAGCUCAGCAAGUCCGACGGCGCAGUUGCUCGAAGAUGAUCGAAGUACAACCAGUACUUCUCCUAGUCCCACUGAUUCGCUCGAUUCUGCCGAUACCUCCUCUUCACCAGAAUCCUACGAAUCAGCAUCACCAGAGCUGAGUACAUCACCAGUACCACCACCUCCUUUAUCACCACCUUCUAAAUCAUCACCACCCCAACCGCAAAUGUCAUCACCACUUUCACCCCCACCGCCACCACCACCUCCUUCUAUUUCACCACCAGCUCAACAGUCAUCAUCAUCAUCAGCGGUCAGCCCAGAUAGUCCUCGCAACUCGACGAUGAUCAGCAUCAGCUACCGGCGAAGUAGUAGUAAUGGAAGUUCA